GUUACUAUGGCAACUCAAUACGUAAAAGAGUUGUUACCACCUAUAAAGUUAUAUAGAAGGUUACUUAGAAUACAUAGAACACUGCCAAAAGAUUUUAGAUUGAUGGGUGACGGAUAUCUCCGCGAUGAGUUUAGAAGACACCAAAAUAUAGACAACCCAUUGCAGAUCAUUGGAUUCCUCUCUAGUUGGAAGAUCUACCUCGAUCAAAUGCAGAAUCCAUCUAUGAAGCAGAAGAUGAACUUGGAUGACUUGCUGACAAAGUUAUCACACGAACAAGUUAGUCAAUUGUAUGAACUACUUAAUGAAAUAAAAAAGUUAUGA